GCCAACGAAGUGGAAAAAGACACAGACCCUCUUUUUAAGUUGAAACAAAAACUAAAUAGAACACUCUACUGUGGUUUUAGAUUCGAACGUUACAUCUAUAUACACCCACAAACACACAAACAGAGAGAGAGAGAGAGAGAGAGAGAGAGAGAGAGAGAGGACGUACACAGUAGGGCGGUCAUGGAGUGGUGGGAUGAGAUCGUGCUCCCGAUGAUCAGGCGAGUUUGGAUCAAUGUCGCUACUCGGCUCGGCUUCCAACAAACCACCGGGCUGAGGAAGCUGAGGAAAGAGGUGCGGACGUGCGAGUACGAGGACGUGCACGUGAUGUGGGAGAUGCUGAGGAAGGCGGAUUCCGAUAUCCCACCUGCAGGAAGAAGAACCCGAAUUCAACUGCGUACAAGGAGGGCCAGCGAAGGCGCUUGGAGCACAGCAGCAUUAGCCUCCGAGUGGACCAGGCGAGGAGCCUCUCCGCUUAAUCUCUGUUUCCUGUGUUGCAGUUUCUAACACACGGAAAAAGAAAGGAUUGUCAAUUCUUCUCCUUCACGGUUGCAGGUUGCACGCACUUCGCUAUGAUAAUUUUGAUGUUUGACAGUUGUAAAUUCAAAGGGUGUCGACAACUCAACAUAGAGGAACAAUAAAAAGGAUUAUAGCUUUAAUCAUUUCCAGCUCCUCUCAUUUUCUGAUAUUAAGUUUUUUUCUUUCCCUACUUUCCCUUCUUCGGUCACUAUUCUGAUGCUGGCAAAAAGGCUGAGCAUAAGUAGUUUAGAACUACAAAAUGUAAUAUCGAUGCCCAAAUACAUUAUCACGCAAUGUUAAGCUAAACCGAGAAACGAGAAUACAUGUAGCAAA